AUGUCGAUUAAUACCUCCAAGACUUUGGAAUUGUUCUCCAAAGAUAAAGUCGCCGCUCAUAACACCUCCGAUGAUUGUUGGAUCACUUUCCAAGACAGAAAGAUUUAUGACGUCACCAAGUUCCUAAAUGAUAAUCCAAAUGAUGCCAAUAAGGAUUUAUUAUUGGAAUUUGCCGGUAAGGAUAUUACUGACGAAUUGAAGGAUAAAAUUGAUAGCAUCAAAAACCCUUCUUUCCCAAUUUUACAAACUGACCAAUAUUUAAUUGGUUAUUUAGCUACAGAUCACGAAGAAAAAACGUUACUGACUAACAAGGAUCAUAAAGUUGAAGUUCAAUUAAAUGAGGCAACCAAUGGCUUCGAUUCGACUACUUUUGUCAAAGAUUUACCCACCGAGGACAAAUUGAGUAUUGCUACUGAUACUAAGAAGGAUUUAGAAAAACAUAAAUUUUUAGAUUUGGAUAAACCAUUGUUGAAACAAAUCUUAUUUGGAAAUUUCACAAAAGAUUUUUAUUUAGAUCAAAUUCAUAGACCAAGACAUUAUGGUGAUAAAUCUGCCCCACUUUUUGGUAAUAUUUUAGAACCAUUAACCAAGACUUCCUGGUAUCUAGUCCCAAUCUUUUGGUUACCAGUAGUAUUCUACCAUAUUGCAGUCGCACUAACUAACAUGAAUCCAAUAUUUGCCAUUGUAUUGUUUGCUAUUGGUAUUUAUGUAUGGACCCUCAUUGAAUAUUGUAUGCAUAGAUUCCUUUUCCAUUUCGAUGAAAGAUUACCUGAACAUAACAUAUUCUACGUCAUACAUUUCUUAUUACAUGGUUGUCAUCAUUAUUUGCCAAUGGAUAAAUAUAGAUUAGUCGUACCACCAACAUUGUUUAUUUUCUUAUGUUUCCCAUUCUAUAAAGUCGUUUUCAAAUUAUUACCACUUUAUUGGGCAUAUGCUGGGUUUGCUGGUGGAUUGUUUGGUUACGUUUGUUAUGAUUUAUGUCAUUAUUUCUUACAUCAUAGUAAGAUGCCUCCUCCUUUAAGGAAAUUGAAAAAAUAUCAUUUGGAACAUCAUUAUAAAAAUUACCAAUUAGGUUACGGUGUCACUUCUUGGUAUUGGGAUAAAAUCUUCGGAACUUAUUUAAGUCCUGAUUCUCCAAUGUCGAAAAUGAAAUAUGAAUGA